GAAGAGUCAUUUCAGGUCCGUGACCCUCUUUCCUCUCUUUAGCAUCGCAGACGAGAGCUUUCAUUUUGCUUGCCGGCAUUCGGGGUUCCCGUGCCUUCGGACGUCCGAGACCGGAUGGAGCCAGACAGUCAUCCCUUCGGUCCGCACAGGCAAUCAAGGAGCUACCACAUCAAUCGGGGUCUGCGCACUGAAGACCACUUUGAGAGAACCUACGAAAGACACGAGCCCCUGCCCAAGAACAGGGAUUUCAAAAUCUUUCAAGUCCAACGAAGGAAGGUCCAAUGCAGAUUCUCCUGGGGAAGAUUCAGAAAGUUCGUGCAUACUAUGUUUCCCAUCCUGAACUGGUUGUGUAUAUAUCGGAUCAGAGAGUGGCUCCUGGGGGAUGUGCAUGCUGGUAUAAGUGUGGGAUUGGUCCAAAUUCCUCAAGGGCUGUCGGGAGUUCUGUUAACCAGGUUACCAUUGCCAAUUAUCAAUGGCUUUUAUUCUGCAUUCUGCUGCUCAUUAACAUACGUCAUAUUUGGGACCUCACGCCAUAUCUCCAUUGGCUCAUUCAGCAUCCUGAAUGCAAUGGUGGCAGACAUUGUGAAGACUCUGAACUUCAGCCUGUCACUUUCGCCUAAUCAUAGUUUUGCCAAUUUCUCAGAUGAGAAUUAUAUAAAGAGUUACCUGGAUGCCUUAAAUCUUACUGCAUCGACAACCUUUUUGACUGGGAUCAUUCAGUUGCUUUUAGGAUGCUUUUGCUUGGGCUUUGUCACAACCUAUCUGCCAAAGACCCUCAUUGAUGCUUACCUCACUGCAGCAGCACUGCAUGUCAUUGUAUCCCAGUUCACCUUCAUUUUUGGGAUUGUGAUUGACUUCCAUGUGGGACCCUUGGCCAUUUUCUAUAAUCUGUUGUAUUACAGCAUGGCACUGCCAAAGGCAAAUUCCACCAGUAUAUUGAUUUUUUUGGUCUGCGUAGUCAUGCUACGGGUCAGCAAAUGUAUCAAGAUAACUUAUAAGCAUAAUCCUAUUGAAUUUCCUAUGGAACUUCUCAUGAUUGUCACAAUCGCCAUCAUCUCUAAUUAUAUUCCUCUCCGUGCUGAAUCCAGUAAAGUUGUAGCCAAAAUGGUUCCACUCAGGUUUCUGCCGCCUACGCUGCCAGACUUAUCCAAUUUGAAUAGGAUUGUAUUCCAUUCAUUCUCCCUGGCUAUUGUGAGCUACUUCCUUCUUGUUUUUGUGGGAAAGAGGUAUGCUUGUAUUCACAAUUACCACAUCUCCAGCAACCAGGAGCUGUUAGCUGUGGGGCUAGCCAAUGUCCUCAGUUCAUUUUUCAAGAGCUUUACAGUGAGCUCUGCUCUUUCUGGGACUGUCAUUCAGGAGAAAACAGGUGGGAAAACACAGCUUGCAGCACUGAUUGGAGCAUCCAUAAUGCUGGUGUUAGUGCAGAAACUAGGAUACUUUUUCCAGGCUCUGCCCAAUGCUGUCCUAGCUGCUAUUGUAAUGGUCAACAUGUUUCCAUUUCUUGAAAAAUUUCUGGACAUCCCCACCCUGUGGAGGCAAGAUAAGUAUCAUUUAGUCAUUUGGAUUGUGACUUUUGCUGCGGUUCUCUGUCUCGGUCUUGAUAUCGGCUUGGCCAUCUCAAUGGGGUUCACCUUCUUCAUAAUCACUGUGAGGUCACACAGAAUGAAGAUGAUGAUGCUGGGUCAGGUUCAACACAUGGAUAUUUAUAGAAGUUUAUCUGACUACAAAGCAGCAGUGGAGAUUGAAGGUGUUAAAAUCUUCCAGUGCUGCUCCUCCAUCUCGUUUGCAAAUAUGAAACACUUCAAAGAAUACUUGUUACGUAAGAUGGAUAUGAAAGCAGUGCCCCUCGAUGAAAAUGAAAUGAGAGCUUUAAUCUCAGUCAGCCUGUCUGACACUGGAGUUCAGAGAAAAGAUUUUAAAUGUGCUUGUGUUUGUGAUCCACCUGAGCCAUUACCCAGGAUCCCAUAUACUGAGAAACUGGUAAAGCGAAGUCACAGAAGUAGUGGGGCUUCAUCAUCUUCCCUGAACUUGAUACGCUGGUCGAAAUUUGAAAGUAAACACAGCUCUGAGACUCUUUCAACGGGGUUUUCAGCACUAUCCCCUGGCCGGCCUGAAGACAUCAGAGGCAGGGCAGCAGGACCUGAGACUGGAAAGCGGAAGGAUGAAGGGAAAAGAACAUUGUUUCCUUUAGACCGUGGACUGGAUAACUCCACAACGCUGUUGUGUCAGGCAGCAGAAUGCACAGAGUCCUCGAUAUAUCCAGUUCACACCAUUAUUUUAGACUUUAGUAUGGUACAGUUUGUGGAUUUGCAAGCUUCAGACUUACUUCGACAGAUCUUCCACAUGUUCCAGAAUAUCGGCAUCACAGUCCUGAUAGCUAGCUGUCACCUUUCUGUAGUAGCAAUCUUUGAGAAGAAUGAUUUCUUCGACAACUGUGUCACCAAAGCGCGGUUCUUUCUAACCCUUCAUGAUGCUGUGCUGGCUGCCCAGGAACAGCGGCAAAUGCCGGAGCCAAUGGAACUCGGCAUUGGAGAACCUAAGCAGGAGUUAAAUGAAGGGCUGGUAGAAGAACAGAAGGAGAGAAGUCAGUAUGUGGAUAAGAACAAUGAUGUUUUCUCUAUAAGGACUGCUGAGGAUGAACUUCUGAAUGAAGAGCCAGUACCAAAUCUCUUUGACUCAUACUCACAAACGGACCCGGAAGUUCUUCGGCAGCUGGAUACUCCACUUCUUGAGCCAGAUUAUGAAGAUGAGGCCUGGGGGCAGGACUGGAAACAAGGCAGCAAUCGAAAGCAGUGACAGAGAAUCCCACUCUAAUAUACCUGGUAGUUCUUAACUGCUUUUUUAUUUCUUUGUUAUCUGUUUCAAAUUUCUCAACAUAACAAAUCAGCCAACCCAUCCAAUGACUUAAUACUCUAGUGAACCAGCAAAGUUUAUCAGGUUACCAUUAAGGACUUUCUAUAAGGGUACUACUCAGCAGUGAAAAAGCUGGAAAAUUUUAACUUUCUGCAAGAUGAAACUUGGAACCAUUGAAUUAAUUUUGGCAGGGUUUCUGAAAUUCUUUAUGAAUGACUUCAAAUGUUCUCAAACUCGGAACAUUUUUGUAUACUGUUUGCUAGUGAAUAAAUGUUUGCAUUUUUCAGCAGAUUGUACAUGUGCUGUUUCAUUAAUUUUGGAUGUACAGUAUGCAAAAUAAAGUGAAG